ACCAGAAAAAAGAAGAAGAAGAAGAAGAAUACUAUACUGAUCUCGUUGACCAAGAUGUUCUUCAAAUCCAAUCCCGUUUUGGUGAUUUUCGUCAUUUUAUUUUCCAUCUUCAACAUUGCUCAUACAGCCUCGCUGGAGAAUGAAGAUUACAUGGAAGACGACGUUAAUAAAAUACAAGAUGCAGUGGAAAGUCCAGCAGUGAACACCACACRAUCGAGUGACGAAGGCGGGGACAAGAGAGCUAUCCGCAUUCCUUGCUACUGUUGGAUUGGCUGGGUUAAAGAGGAGAACUUGAAGUACAAAAACUUCGGCUGUGUUCGUAAAUUCAAGUUGCUCGAAACGAGAAAGCAAAGCAAAUGUUCUGCCUCGUGCUCCAAGACGUGUGCUCCUUAUCUCAAACCGAAUUACUUUAACUACUUGUGUGGUAAGAUCGGUAAACAAUACAACUACAAGGAGCUCAAGGUGGGGUGUUUCAGCAAGGUUGGCAGAAAUGAUGUGUUCAGCAAUCUAUGGGACUUUGACGGUUCUCCACACGACCUCUGCUGCAAGAAAGCCAUGAAAUCCUGUAGUUCGGUGUUUGGUGCUAGAUUUUACUACCACAAAGGCAUGAAGCUGUGUGUCAAAUACCUUUCACUAGGUCCUAUUCCUGGCUUUCCGAAUGGCACAUUAAAGCCUCCAUUCUGUUUGUAUUGGAACAAAUUGUACGCUUGCCAGCCGCCCAAAAGUUACGUAAAAUCUGUGCCUUGCUGGUGAAGAAUGUUUUUUUCUUGCACUAUUAAUACGGUUUUAUAUACCUUAAGCAAUAAUCCAUCUUUUUUAGCUAUACACUCCACUGCACAGUCAAAGAAACCUAGCCUAGUUAGCAUAGAGACAACAUGUUUACUGUAUGAGCAUACUCUCUAAACGCCUACACCUUUGAAAUCACGAUUUCAAUGUAAAAACUGACUCAGGUACUCAUAAUACAUUAAAGCGAGGUUGCCAUGGUUAUAGUUCAUCACAGCACGGGCUUUUUGUAUUGAGACUUUGACAGUGCGUCUCAAUAGCACGUGCAUGUGCGGAAUCGUAUCGUGAUCAGUGGAAGUCAGUCAAAGUGUUUCAUAACAUUGUCGGAAAACACUCAAAUAUCAYGGGGCACGUGCCUAUGUAAUGCCAUGGAAACGCUUUGAUUGACACCCACCAAAACCUUCUUCGCGACGAUGACCAUUUGGUCGGGUGGUGGUACUGGGAAGCACUGUACUAAUGUAAGGCUACUGAGAAAGAAUAAUAACCAUUUAGCUUUUCAGUGGAUCUCAUAAUGACCAAUUGUUUUUUGUUAGUGCAAGGUAUGAUCAGUUUUACAUUGUAUUUGACUUACUAGCCUCACUUGUAUGACGUUAGGCAAAUAAAAAAUAUCGACUUYGGGCUCAACUGCAUGUGAUAACAUCUGUUGAUGGCAAGAAUCAAGACUGACUGAAGUUAUGCAGUUUGUCUUGUAGUUAAGGAAGUCUAUCUAAAUCAUUUUUAUCAAUAAACUAAGAUUAAAA